CCUCAGUGAGAAAGUUCCACUGCAAGAGGCCCCUUAGGCAUUAUCAUUUCCCUCUUUCACCCUGUGGAGGUUGUCAGCAAAUCCCAAGAGCCUUCCGCGACUGAGCCUGGACCCGGGGGGUCCCUCCAACAUGGGAAAAAUGAAGAAUUCCUGCGUCAUCGUAAUGAGGCUGCUGCUGUCUGGACCCUUUUUCUUUGCUCCAGCCUCCAGCUACAACUUGGAUGUGCACAAUGUGCAGCACUUUUCCACCCCACACGCCGGGAGGCACUUUGGGUACCGCGUCCUGCAGGUUGGAAAUGGGGUUAUUGUGGGAGCUCCAGGUGAGGGGAACAUCACAGGAAGCCUCUAUCAGUGCCAACCGAGCAGUGGACACUGCGAGCCAGUCAGCCUGGGAGGUUCCAACUAUACCUCCAAGUACUUGGGAAUGACCUUGGUGACAGACCCCUCAGGUGGAAGCCUUUUGGCCUGUGACCCUGGGUUGUCUCGUACAUGUGACCAGAAUUCCUAUCUGAGUGGCCUAUGUUACCUCUUUCCCCCAAGUCUAGGGGAACCUGUGCUACAAGGGCAUCCUGGUUAUCAGGAAUGUAUAAAAGGUAAUGUGGACCUGGUGUUCCUGUUUGAUGGCUCAGGGAGUUUGCAGCAAGAUGAAUUUCAGAAAAUUGUGGACUUCAUGAAGGAUGUGAUGAGGAAACUCAGCAACUCUUCCUACCAGUUUGCUGCCGUUCAGUUUUCCACAGAUUACCAUACAGAAUUUAAUUUCUUGGAUUAUGUGAGACUAAAGGACCCUGAUGUUUUAUUAGGCAAUGUGAAACACAUGCUCAAGUUGACCAACACCUUUGGUGCCAUCAACUAUGUCGCGACACAGGUGUUCCAGAAAGAGCAGGGGGCCCGUCCAGAUGCCACCAAAGUGCUCAUCAUCAUCACCGAUGGGGAGGCUACUGACUUUGCCAACAUUGACAAGGCCAAAGACAUCAUCCGCUAUGUCAUUGGGAUUGGAAAGCACUUCCAGACCAAGAGAACUCAGGAGACCCUCCAUAAAUUUGCCUCAAACCCCACAAAGGAGUUUGUAAAGAUUCUGAACACAUUUGAGAAGCUCAAAGAUCUAUUUACUGAGCUGCAAAAGAAGAUCUAUGACAUCGAGGGCACAAACCAGCAGGACCUGACAUCCUUCAACAUGGAGCUGUCCUCCAGUGGGAUCAGCGCAGACCUCAGCAAGGGCCAUGCAGUUGUGGGGGCAGUUGGAGCCAAGGACUGGGCUGGAGGCUUUCUAGACCUGAAGGCUGACUUGCAGGAUGACAUAUUUGUUGGAAAUGAACCAUUGACACCAGAAGUGAGAGCAGGAUAUUUGGGUUACACUGUGACCUGGCUGCCCUCCCGGGGGCCCACAUCACUGCUGGCUGCUGGAGCCCCUCGAUAUCAGCAUGUGGGGCGAGUACUACUGUUUCAAGAAUCAAAGGACAGAGGACACUGGAGCCAGGUGCAGAAAAUAAAUGGGACCCAGAUUGGCUCUUAUUUUGGUGGGGAGCUAUGUGGCAUUGACAUGAACCAAGAUGGGGAGACAGAGUUGCUGCUGAUUGGAGCCCCCCUGUUCUAUGGGGAGCAGAGAGGUGGCCGGGUGUUUAUCUACCAGAAAAAAAAGCUGGAGUUUGAAAUGGUCUCAGAACUUCAGGGAGAUCCUGGUUACCCGCUUGGGCAGUUUGGAGCCACCAUUGCUGCCUUGACCGACAUUAAUGGGGAUGGGCUGAUGGAUGUGGCUGUGGGAGCCCCUCUGGAGGAGCAGGGGGCUGUUUACAUCUUCAAUGGGAGGAACAGUGGACUCAGCUCCCAGCCGAGUCAGCGUAUAGCAGGGUCCCAGAUGUUCUCAGGAAUUCGUUGGUUUGGACGCUCCAUUCAUGGGGUGAAGGACCUUGGAGGGGAUGGCCUGGCAGAUGUGGCUGUGGGGGCUGAGGGCCAGGUGAUUGUGCUGCGCUCCCGGCCUGUGGUAGACGUUAUCACUGUGAUAUCCUUCUCCCCGGCGGAGAUCCCAGUGCACGAAGUGGAGUGCUCCUACUCAGCCAGUCACAAGAAGAAGGAAGGUGUCAACAUCACAGUCUGCUUUCAGCUCAAGUCUCUCAUUCCCAAGUUCCAGGGUCCCCUGGUUGCCAAUCUCACCUACAUUCUGCAGCUCGAUGGCCACAGGACCAGGAGCCGGGGUUUGUUCCCAGGAGGGAAACCUGAACUCACUGGGAACACAUUGGUUACCCCAGCCAAGUCCUGCAUGGACUUCUGGUUUCACUUCCCGGUGUGCAUUCAAGACCUUAUCUCCCCCAUCAAUGUCUCCCUGAAUUUCUCUCUUUGGGAAGAAGAAGGGACACAGAGGAAUCAAAGUGUGCAGGACAAGGACUUGCAGCCCAUUCUGAGACCCACCCCACACUCUGAGACCAAGGAGAUCCCUUUUGAGAAAAACUGCGGGGAGGACAAGAAGUGUGAGGCUAACCUGGAGCUGUCCUCUGCUGACAGACCCACAGUCCUGCGUCUGACGCCGUCUGCCAGUCUGACUGUGGGGUGGACACUGAAUAACUCGGGAGAAGAUGCUUACUGGGUCCAGCUGAACCUGAGCUUCCCCAGGGGACUCUCCUUCCGGAAGGUGAAGGUGCUCAAGCCGCACAGCCAGAUGCCUGUGAGUUGUGAGGAGCUUCCCGAGGAAUCCAGACUCCUGACCAGGACCCUUUUGUGCAACGUGAGCUCUCCCAUCUUCAAAGCAGGCAGCUCGGUUGGUAUCCAGGUGAUGUUUAAUACGCUGCUGAACAGCUCCUGGGAGGACUUUGUCGAGCUGCAUGCCACUGUAAACUGUGAGAAUGAGGACCCGCUCCUCCUGGAGGACAACUCGGCCACCACCAGCAUCCCUGUCCUGUACCCCGUCAACGUGCUCAUCAAGGACCAGGAAAACUCCACACUGUAUGUCAGUUUCACCCCCAAAGGUCCCAAGAUUCACCAAGUCAAGCACAUCUACCAGGUGAGGAUCCAGCCUUCUGUUCAUGAUCACAACAUGCCAACCCUAGAGGCCUUGGUUGGAGUGCCACAGCCUCACAGCGAGGGGCCCAUCACACACCAGUGGCACGUGCAGAUGGAUCCUCCUGUCUCCUGCCAUCGUGAGGAACUGAGAAAGUUGCCCAGUGCAGCUGAGCCUUGUCUCCCAGGAGUCCAGUUCCACUGCCCAUUUGUCUUCAGUCAGGAGAUCCUCGUCCAUGUUACCGGGACCGUGGAGCUGGUGGGCGAGAUUGAGGCCUCUACCACGUUCAGCCUCUGCAGCUCGCUCUCCAUCUCCUUCAAUAGCAGCAAGCACUUCCACCUGUAUGGCAGCAAUGCCUCCAUGGCCCAGGUAUCUACCCACUUAGAAGUCCCAGGAACAGGCAGCAGAGGGCUUUCAGGCCAGGUCCUUAUGAAGGUCGACGUGGUUUACGAAAAGGAGAUGCUCUAUCUGUAUGUGCUGAGUGGCAUUGGAGGGCUGCUACUACUGCUACUAAUUUUCGCAGCGUUAUACAAGGUUGGAUUCUUCAAACGGAACCUGAAGGAGAAGAUGGAAGCUGAUGGAAAUGUUCCAAAUGGAAUCGCUGGAGAAGACUCUGGAGAAGCAUCUCAGGAAAAGUCCAUGGAUCUGGAUUGUUUAGAGCCCCUCCAGGGAGAGGAGGCCCAGGAUGGAGGUGACAAGGACUGAGGUCCAGGCUUGAUGCACAGAGGACCCAGAACUGGACUUAAGAUGCCUGGGGCUAGUCAGCCUCUGCCUGCAUUGCAGGCCUCAGUUUCCUGGUUUUGAGCAUGGAUCUCAUUCCCGCCUGUCUCUUCUGCAGAUUCACGGUGAGAAUCUACAGAGGUGAGGCCUUGUGGUCCUCAGAUGGUCCUGGCUCCCACCAGCCUGUCUUAGUUUUCUCCCCUGGAAGAGAAUAUCUAAUUUAAAUUGAAAUUUAAAUUUGAACCGCAGUCUCAGAACCUAGUGAUACUCUGGCCUUCUCCUUUGCCCUUGAAUGUCCAGAGGCCUCGGAUUCCCAGAACUUGCCCCUAUACUCUCUCCUUCUAGUGUUAGUCCCCCCCCCCAUUCUGUUGCCAGAGAACAAAUGUGAUCCGUGUAACUGCAUUGCUAUAGCAAAUGUCAAAGACCACCUUCCUUAAGAAGACUUUCAAGAUCUUGCAGAAUUGGGUCCCUACAGUUCUGGAGAUGUCCUACCUCCCUUUCUAGGGCUUUCUAGGCUUCUGUUAUUCCAGCCUUUCUUGGCUGCCAAACUCCUUCCUCUCUUGCUGCAUCUGCCCAGACAGCCCCCUGUGCCUGGAACAUUCCUACCCUUCAGAUCUCUGCCUACUUGUCAUUUCCUCAAGGCAGCCCCCAUCCUGGCUCAAUCCAGCUCUACAUUGUCCACACUUACACCGGUCUGAACCUGUUCCUUGUCCCCCAGGUUGUAUGUGUUCACUGCUUAAUGAUUUAUUUAAUUUCAAUCUCUCAAAUAGUGAACUCCAUGAAUGUAAGGAGUGCGUAACUGUCCCCAUUCACCUUAGAAUCACUGAUGCUAUCUCAGGGUAGGGCACACAGCAGGUGUUUGUCACAAUUUCAUUAAAUUCAUGAUGGAACCUAUGGAAAGAUACAGAAAAUGUUUGGACAGGCCCUUGGGAACCCUGUCAAGGCUCAGCCUUCACAGGUUCUGCCCCUCUCCUGGUUCCACAGUGCCUGCUCAGAGGAAAGCCAAGCUCAAAAUGGAAUGGGUUCCACUGGUGUCUUGCCACCAAGCACAGUGCCUGUACAUAUUUGCCCAGUAAAUGUGAGAUUAGGUCCAGUUUUGUCAUGUUUUUGUGCUGGUGCAACAUUCCGGACUGGUUCAAUUAGAUAAACAUUCCCCUUUCAACCUAAGAGGUUGCAGUUCUCCCUAAGAGGAACCAAAAUGGUCAGCUCUGCCUCUUCCUUCUCUGUGACUCUCUCCUUCUCUCUCUCUCUCUCUCUCUCCCCUUCCCUCCUUCUUAUCCUCCCUCUUUUUUUCUUUUACCAUGGUGACCCUUAGAUACUGAUCUGUGCCUGACCUUGUAGGUUUUAUUAAAAA